CCGAGCACUUCCGGCGGUGCCAGACAUGGCUGCAGGCCGAGACCGCGGGGACUUGGCUGCCCGGCAGCUUGUGUUCCUACUUCCAGAAUAUUUAAAAGAUGCCUCAGAGAAGAUGAAGAGUGGCCUCCUGUUUGUAAAAUUGGUCAGCCCACGCUCAGGGGAAGGAGCCGUGUACUUACUGGAUAUGUGUCUGCAUCAGCUGUUUGAAGUCAAAGUUUUCAAGGAAAAGCACCGUUCUUGGUUUAUAAAUCAGUCAGUCCAAUCGGGGGGGCUUCUCCACUUUGCGACACCCAUGGAUCCUCUGUUUCUGCUCCUUCACUACCUCAUAAAGGCUGGCAAAGAGGGAAAGUAUCAGCCCUUGGAUCAGGUCGUAGUGGAUGGCGUGUUUCCAGAUUGCGUCUUGUUGCUGAGAUUUCCUGAGCUUGAGAAGUCACUUCGUCAUGUGACAGAAGAGAAAGAAGUAAACAGCAAGAAGUACUACAAGUAUAGCGCAGAGAAGACCCUGAAGUGGCUGGUGAAAAAGGUCAACCAAACUGUGGUGGCACUGAAAGCCAAUAACAUCAAUGUUGGAGCCCGGGUACAGUCAUCUGCAUAUUUCCCUGGUGAUCGGAUUUCCAGGGACAAGGAAGAGGACUAUGUUCGCUAUGCCCAUGGUCUGAUCUCUGAUUACAUCCCUAAAGCAUUAAGUGAUGACUUAUCUAAGUCCUUGAAGCUUCCAGAACCUCCAGCUUCAGUUCCAAACCCUCCAUCAAAGAAACUAAAGGUAUCAGAUGAACCUGUAGAAGCCAAAGAAGAUUACACUAAGUUUAACACUAAAGACUUGAAGACUGGCAAGAAAAAUGGCAAAAUGACUGCGGCUCAGAAGGCUUUGGCUAAAGUCGACAAGAGUGGAAUGAAAAGUCUUGAUGCUUUUUUUGGAGCAAAAACUAAAAAAGCUGGAAAGAUUUGAAGUGUUGAAUAAAAUCUGGUGAAGCAGGAAAAGGAGUUUGCCUCCGCUUGUCCUGUCUUCCCUCUCCUUGUGCUGCUGUCCUGAUCCUUAGUCUGAACAGAAGUGGUUCUCAGGUCCUGCCAGUCCUCGCUGGGGUUUGACUGUGUGUCUAACAGACUAUGGGAAAGUAAUCGUGGGAGCUGCUGCCUGGGGCCCCCGGAAUGUUUGCCAUAAUGGAAAGUCAUCAAGUGCACAGAGUUGAGAGUCGCGGCUUCCGCGGGAAGGUGUGAGUGGUGGCCAGCUAUUCUCUACUCCCUUGCAUGUGGCUUCAACUGAAAUGAGAUGGACAAACACUGGACAUUUUGGUAAAUCUUAUGAUUAGCCAUAUUUUUGUUUGUAUGAACUCAUGUUUUUUUUUUAAAAAGUAUAGAAAUAAAACAAAAUUGCAGUCUCUCACCUUUCUAUUAUGCAAACACAGCUAAUUUUCUUAGAUAAUUUUCCUAGAAUAAAAAAUAUUUUCAAGAA